AUGGGAUAUCUUGAUGCAGAACCGGCGGUACGAAUUAUACACAGGAAUUUCUUGAUACUACCAUGGCAUAGAAGAUCUUCCCUUCCCCUCAUGGGCACUCACAGACCAUGUAUCUCCUAUGAGGUUGAUGAAGCAGAAGAUUGUGGGGAGACGGUGGUUUGUCAAGUUUUCAAUUCAUUUCCAUUUCCAGACUAUCAAGCAGAUUGA